AUGAGUGCAACCUCUCGACUUUCCAACCUCUUCUCUCAAGAUAGCACACGCAGAGACUCUGUCCAAAUUCAACGCAAUGGCUCCGCCGAGUCAGAAUUUGAGAUCGACAGCGCACGACAGAUUAAACGCCAACGAACAAUGGAGAAGUUGGCGGAGGAGGAAAUUGACGAUGAGCUGAAGAGGCCCCCUUACCUCCAUUCAAUGCUCGCUGGUGGAAUCGGUGGAACGAGCGGCGACAUCCUCAUGCACUCAUUAGACACAGUCAAGACGAGACAACAAGGCGAUCCUCAUUUCCCUCCGAAAUACUCCAGUCUGUCAGAUUCAUACGUCAAGAUUUUUCGACAAGAAGGCGUCAGGAGAGGCCUCUAUGGAGGGUUCACGGCGGCCAUGCUGGGUUCGUUCCCGGGCACGGUUAUGUUCUUUGGUUCCUAUGAAUACUGCAAGAGACACAUGCUCGAUAGAGGGAUGAACCCGUCUCUUGCAUACCUUGCAAGCGGUUUUCUCGCCGAUUUCGCAGCGUCGAUUGUCUAUGUCCCCUCCGAAGUCCUCAAGACCCGACUGCAACUCCAAGGGCGAUACAAUAAUCCCUUCUUCCAUUCCGGAUACAACUAUAAAUCUACCUGGGAUGCGGCCAAGACGAUAGCGAGAACAGAAGGGUUUGGAGCGCUUUAUUCGGGAUACAAGGCCACCAUUGUGAGGGACCUCCCAUUUUCAGCGUUGCAAUUCGCAUUCUACGAACAAGAGCGCAAGUUCGCACAGAAAUGGAGUGGAAAGAGUGACAUUGGCUUUGGGUUGGAAGUCUUGACUGCAGUAUCGGCGGGUGGCCUCGCGGGUGUCAUGACCUGUCCGCUGGACGUGGUCAAGACAAGAAUACAAACCCAGAUCUCCCCAGAUAACCAUACCAAACACAGUCAAGCAGCCCACCACGAGAAGAUGACGAAGAACCCUCCGACCUCACAGUCACAGACACGGUUGAUCCACUCGGGACCUCGAACUGUACCUCAUACAGCUCCUACGUUGGACACCUCCUCGGUGACGACGGGGCUGCGGCUCAUCUACAAACGAGAGGGCGUGCCGGGCUUGUUUCGUGGCGUUGGCCCACGAUUUGUGUGGACAAGCGUCCAAAGCGGAACCAUGCUUGUCCUGUACCAAUACUUGUUGAAGCAGCUGGAGCGGAUACGAUCAGAUGAAGGAUCCGGGGUGAUGUAA